AGACUGUGUAGUGAAUCACUUCUGUCUUUCCAGCUCUUUCUCAGUCCUCACCCCUUUACUUUGCCGACCAAACCGUCACAUCUGCUUAGCCCACUAGGGACUUUCUAUCAUUGUUACUAACCAAUAUCUACUGUUUGUUUGUGAUGUAUUUCUGGGAUUUUUAGUUAGUCAGUAAAUGAAUAAUUAAGCCAAUUUUGUAUAUUACUGAUUCGUUAUGAAAACUAGGGUUCGUGCAGAUUACCAAGAAUUGUACGACGUUUGGAAGGAAACUAAUCAGGUAACAAUUGAAAUAAUUUAUAGAAGACUGAUAAGAUACGAAAAUAUCUGAAGAGUCGAUUCGGGAAAUAUACUUUUUUUUUUUAUCGUGGUGCCCCGACUUCCUAGUUAAUUAAUGUUUACAUGAUUAGUUUAAUCACAUAAUAAUAAUUACACUGAUAAUUGAUUUUAUAAAAUAACAGUCUUUACAUUUAAUGAUAGUCACAGACACGACACUCUUAACCGCUAGGUUACCUGCCACCCCCAGGAGGAAUCACAAAAUUCCAUCCAGGUCAGCAGGAGAGAUGAGCCAAUGUAUUAUAUCAGACACAGAAGAGAAAGCAAAACAUUCGGCUCCCUAAAAUCUUCUGAUCGGGCAGGGCCACUCUGGUCUACUUAAAGCCCCUCUGGCGAGCUAAAUAGCCCAGAGUCAACUGUUCCCUCUCUCGCGUGAGCAUGCCAGAGAUUAUUGAGGAACUGUGAGGUCGCACGAGAGAGGGAACACCCCCUUAUACAGACAGUAUCCUUGACACCAUCGCUGAUUGUAUUUCUGAACAAAUAUUCCAGCACUGUUUAGGGACUUGGCUUUAUUGCUGUUUAAAAACGAUAACGGAAAAUUUACGGGGUGUGUCCUCUUGUCCAAAUUUAGGAUGACAGAACAUUUAAAGAGGAGUAUUUAAUGUUUUUUUUCCAGAUGUAAAGUAAAAGGUAAAUAGAAGAGACAACACAUUCAUUGCUAAAUCCAAAGAUGGGGAAUACACAGAGUGUCCUUGAGAAGAAAGGAUACACUAUCCUGAGGAAGGUAGAGAAUGGUGUCAUUGCUACUGACAAAAAUGGGGACCAGUUUGUCAUUAAAGAGAUCAAACGGAAUGAGAACUCAGUCAUGAACUCCAGUGCUGGAGACAUAAUCGAUGAGGUUGAAACUCUCCUGCAGAUAAAUCACCCCCAUAUUUCAAGCCACAAGAACUCUUUCCAAGAUGAUGAAAGUUACUUUGUAGUGAUGGACCAUUGUGACGGUGGAAAUCUUGCACAGAAGAUCAAAGAGGGGAACCCAUUUUCAGAAGAACAGAUCAUGGACUGGUUUGUCAAGAUCUGCAUGGCCCUGAAGCAUGUCCAUGGCCUGGGCCUUCUUCACAGAGACCUCAGACCACAGAAUAUAUUCCUCACAAAAUUUGGGACACUUUGUUUGGGAGAUUUCGGAAGAGUCAAUGAAAAUGCUUCCCCAUCUGGAUCUUCAGACGAUGGAAUGGUGGGUUAUUUAGGCCCAGAGAUUCUGACUGGUGGAAUUUAUGACACUAAAAGUGAUAUUUGGUCCUUGGGAUGUGUGCUGUAUGAGUUGUGUACGCUUCAGAGUGCAUUCACUGCAGCAAGCACAAUCAAGCUCAUUCCCAAAAUACUGGGGGGUCCUUACCCAUCUCUCCCAGAGAGUUCACCUGAGCUCCAUCGACUACUGUGUGACAUCUUCCAACAAGAACCGACCAGUAGACCUUCAGCUGGUGAAAUCCUGGCAAAACCCUUCAUUAUUAGUUUCCUCACAAAAAAGAAUGAAAAAACUGUGAAGGAGCUCCAGACAAACUUGAACAUUCUGAGAACUCUGGCAGACGGCUUGGAGUGUGUGCACCAGGGCACCACCAUAGGCAGUCUGACUGGAGGUGUUAUUGGGGCAGCUGGAGGAAUCACUUCCAUAGUAGGCCUCAUCCUGGCUCCCUUCACUCUGGGCGCCUCCCUGAUCGUUACAGGAGUGGGUGUUGGGGUGGCUGUCGCUGGUGGAGCCACAGCCGGAGUAUCCAACAUUACCAACAUGGUCAAUCAGUCUACCGACCGCAAAGCCAUCAACAACAUCAUCAAGGAGUUCCAGGAGAAGAUGAACUCUGUGGUGACAUCUCUACAAAACAUCGCUGAGGGUUUGGAGACACCGCAGAUGAGUGGCUCCUUUACCACAGAAAGAGGCAUUUUAAAUGCAGAGAAGCUAGCAAAUGCUGGGGCGAGGGUUGGGAGGGGCCUAGGGAGCAUCCCAGAGCUUGUCCGAUUGGUCCAUGUGGCCUCCAUUGGCAAGGUGGCAGCUCAAACUGCUAGGGCAGUGCGUGUUCUAGAGAUGGCAACAGGAAUAUUCUCUGCUUUCUUUGUAGCAGUUGAUAUCUUCUUCAUCGCCAUGGAUGCAAAAGAGAUCCACAACAUACGACAGGCGAAGGCUGAGAAACAGUCUAGUGAUAGCAGUAAGUUACACUUGAUGGACACAGACUCCAUGACUAAGCUGAACCCUGAAUGUGAAGAACCAAAGGCUGAGGUCAAGUCAGAGGCCAUGAAGUUCACCCAGACGAUCAGACAGACAGCUGAUCAGCUACAGCAGAGCCUGGACGAGCUAAGUGACGUCAUCUCAUUCAUUCCUAAGAUAGAGGGCUGACACUUAGACAAUUUAAACUAUACUCAGUUGUAGUGAUUGUAAAAGAAUCAGAAACAAGAAAUAGAGCAGAUUGAAUCAGUCCUUGAUACACAAUUUAACUGUAAAACACAGGUGUGGGAGGUGCGACUUUGACACCCAGAUAAGCCUUUAGGUUUUAAUUGUGAGCAAAAUCCCUUUUCUGUUCUUCAAUUCUUGCAAAAAUCAGCUAUGAUAAUAAGUAGGUUGUAGAAACAUAAGUAUACAGUAUAUCUCAGCUUUAGUACUGAAGCACUUUCCUUUCAGGUUAUUACAGUUGACAUGAUUUGAUCUGUACAUUUUUUUCUCACGUAAAAUGAUAUCAGGUGUAUUACACAACUACAAAAGUGUCAGUUGUUUCAAUCUAAUAAUAGCCUACAUGAAAUGGUGAUGGUGAUUGUAUAAAAGUGUAAUUGUUGCAAAGAAAGAUUUAUACAUUUUUAUGAAAUUAUCCUGGGUAAACAACAUAUAUAAUACAAUCAUAAUCUAUAAAUGUCUGCUUACAAAAAUAAAAAGGAUGUUUUAAACUCAAUAUACCUUCUGUCUUAAUUGAACAUAUUUAACAGAUCAUAUAGAAAAAAUAAAAAUUAACAAACAUCUUUUUUGUCCAACUUCUGCUGUGUGUCACGCCUUGGUCAAUAUGUUUUGUGUUUUCGUUAUAUAUUUUGGUCAGGCCAGGGUGUGACAUGGGUUAUGUGUUGUGUUCGUAUUGGGGUUUUAUUGCAUUGGGAUUGUGAAUGAUUAGGGGUGUGUCUAGUUAGGCUUGGCUGCCUGAGGCGGUUCUAAAUCAGAGUCAGGUGAUUCUCGUUGUCUCGGAAUGGGAACCGUAUUUAGGUAGCCUGGUUUCGCUGUGUAUUUUGUGGGUGAUUGUUCCUGUCUCUGUGUAGUUUCACCAGAUAGGCUGUAAUAGGUUUCACGUUCCGUUUGUUGUUUUUGUAUUGAGUUAUUUCAUGUAUCGUUUCGUUUUCAUUCAUUAAAGAUCAUGAGUAACAAACA